CACCUUGGACCCUAGUCACCCUAGUUCCGAAAAAGAAACAAACGAAGGAAAGCGAACGCAGCCUCAACCACAUGGUGCGUACGUCAUUCCUCUUCCCCCGUCAUGCAGCGCGGCAGCAGCAGCGGUUUGAGUAGCAGACGACGCGCUCUUUUUUCGAGUCUAGCAGACGACGCGUGAUCCCCAGCGCGCGAUGCCCGACUUAAAACCUGCAAGUCACGACAGGGACACCUCUCAGUUGGUCUCACACGAAGCCGAACACCGAAAAAGGUUUCACAGAUGGCAACGUUUCCACAUUGCCCUCUUUAUCGGAUCUUUCCUGUGCUCCCUCGCCGGUAUUUUGGCCUUUGGAUUGCUCCUGAAGAACUUCGACCAGUUCUGUCCCCUGUUUGCGGAUCCUCGCGUGCGUUGGGAUAGCGAUGAGCAAAGAUACGUAUUCGACGUGAACAAUUCGACGUCGGGUUCGUUGGAGACGUGCCGUUUCUGCCUCUUCACGACAGUGGCGUCGUUCAUCUACGCCUUUCUAUGGGUGUGGAUCUUCUGCUCCUUCUUCGGCACUGUGACUGCCAUUCCCAAAGAGCGAAUCAGCGCCCCCUGGAAGGUGGUUCCACCCGCGGUCCUGCUCACCUGCCUGUUCUCCUCACUGAUGCUCGUCUGCGCCAUCCUGGUGACGGUGGGUCAGGCGAGGUUCUGCGCCUCGUUGGAGCGGCAAAUGCGACUUCGAUGCUCAGACGCACAAGGAAAGGAAUGGAGACCUGGCAAAGUCAAAAUGAGCAAUUUCUACACACUCUUCUCAAGAUCAGAGUUUGCCAUGUGGCUUGCUGCAGCCUUCUGGUUCCUCAACUCCAUCUUGCUGUGCGGUCGCUGCGUCGUUCUCCCCAAGGCAUCGGCGACCGCUGUGGCUACCUCCGACGCCGGUUCUCCAGCGAAGCAUCGGCACAGCCACACGACGUGAAGGCGUGCACGCAUAUCCUUUGUGUCGCACUGAGACUCCCCUUCAGAAACCGUUGUGCUCAAACAGUGUGCUGUGUUUGUCUUUUUUUUGUUUUGUUUGUAGAGGUCAAAGUGCUGUUUACAGACAAGCGUGUGGGCACUGCACAUGUGCAGAAACUGGAUACGAGUCGGGCGGUGUCUGCGGACGUGUCGUGCCGACAGUGGGGCCACAACAACGGCACGACGUCGGACCUCUCCUGGAAAGGCGACGGGAAUUUCACGUAGUCAUUAUGACAGCUCGUAAUUUUCAAUGCGCAGAAACUGGAUACGCGUCGGGCGGUGUCUGCGAGCGCGCAGUGCCGACAGUGGGGCCACCGCAACGGCGCAACGUCGGACCUCUCUUGGGAGGGCCACGGGAAUUUUGCGUCGUCAUUAUGACAGCUCGUAAUUUUCAAGCUCGGUGGUACCUUGUGAAAAUUGCUAUUAGGGAGUUUUGGUAAAUCGUUCUGACAACUCCGAUGGCGAUAAUCCCGAUAACAAUACGACGCAUGCGCAGAGGAGCCGGCGGAGCAUCGGGUAUGAUUAUCGGAGCUGUCGUAAUGAUCUAUUCAAUGUUUUACAAAACCACAAUUUAAAAAAAAAAAAAAAAAAAAAAAGCUCUUUAUAGGUUUGUUUUGAUUUCUGUGCAGUUUGGCAAAUCACGAAAAGGAAAAAUCAUAAUGAAUCACCCAAGUGUUUUACUUUAAGUUUACAAAAUGCGCAAUUCAAAAGAAGCUCAUAAUCAUAAUAAAAAAGAAUGACAAAAUUUUUAGUUUGGAGCAAAUAGUACAGAAUUUACUAAAUAAUAAAACUUCAGGAAGUCUUAAAAACUGUUUCUCUUUCUUAACAUUUUUGUUUUCAAUGAAAAAGAAUUGAGGGGAUAAGUAAAACAACUUGAAAAUUAUCUAAAAAAAAAAAAGUCAGAUUAAUGUUUUUUUUUUUACCAGAGUUUAACUUGUAAAGAUUGCACAAGUUGACUGACUUCUUUUUCUAGGCUUAGGAGGGCCACAACACCACAGCGAAGAGUGUUCUGAAAACACUAGGCCUAUGACGCCACACCUUAUCCAAUCGCAGAUGUCGGCCAAAAAAGGCAGACGACAGCCCUUUUCGUUUUCUUGAAAAGAAAACAUCAGCGCUGUCUGCUCUACAAAAAUAUACAGCGGGAAAGAGCGAGUUUCGUUCGAGGUUAAGAUGACAAAGGAGGACUGGAAUAAGUAGAAAGUCAACUUACAAAAAACUAACAGGAAGUUUGACAUCACAGGUUGGGGUCUAGGUCCAUCUUGGUCCCACACGCAGCGCGAUUCGUCUUGGCGACGCUCCAGGGAUUUCGCACCACAUGUCAGUUGCACGAGCCAAGAGACACGUUUCUGUUUUCUUUUAAAAAAAAUAAAUGUUUUUAAUCAACUCGCAAAAACCACGUCAAACGAUGAAAACAAGCAGGAACGGCACCUGUCAAGGGGCCAGUAAUGACGUUGUACACUAAAAAAAUGUGCUAAGUAGUAUACGGUAAAAUGUAAAUGAGAUCAACUCGAUAAGCCUUAAAGGGGCAUGUUUUCUGAGAUCGUCUCUUCAUUACUUUACAUUGGCCUAGAAUGGUAUAUUCUAGGCUGCUGUAAUUUUGCACGCUCAACCUAUGCAUUCUAAGGCAUCCUAGAAAACCCAGAAUUACAACCAUCCGUGUACUUUAUGCUAUUUAGAAAGCAACCACGCACACAUAACGACACACCGAUUUCCUGAGAUACAUUUCAGAAAAGCGGCGUGUCGCAAUAUUUGGUCACUUAUUUAAUAGGGAAAACGGCUACGCACGA